UUGCAAUGUAUUGUCGUAAUGUUAUUUAUGUUAUUUUCUUUAGCAUACCAAGAGAGUAACUUCAUCUCUAAAAGAAUAAGUUUUCAGUGUUAUAACCACAAUCACUUUUCUACAAAAUAGAAAUGUUACAAUCAGUUUUUAAAUGGUGGUCAAUGUAAACAACAUGGCUUCCUCUAAAACAUUCGACUUCUCCAUUCCAACUCUGGAAACAAAUGAUCCUGUUAUUUUAAAUGGAGCAAAAAUUCAACAAUCACCAAUAAAAGAAUUCCAUAAUCGAAGUAAACUGUUUCCUAAUUCUCAGACCAACAGACUAUUUCAAAAGAGUUCAAAACAUCCAGUUCACGAGAGGAAAUUUGAAGACCAGGAGUUCAAAUUGAUUUCCCAUCGUCCCCCAAUCUCAGCCAAAAAAUCAAACAGAGCACAAAGUGCGAAAAGUAGAAUAGAAGGAAACUGGAAACUUGACAGUAAUUACUGUAACAGUGAAUCAUGUGAAAAUACUAGUCAUCUCAAUAAGACAAAAAAUAAACCAUCCAGUCAUCUUUAUGAAGAGCAUGAUAAGCAAAUAGUUCCACAUGGCGGAAUACAAGUUCCUGUUUUCGAUGUUGGAGAUAAUGCCCCUUUUCCAGCAUAUAAUUUCCAGGAAAAAAAGAAUUCCAAAUAUGUACACAAAAGUGAUAGACGAUUUUCAUUUAAAAAUGAAGGAAAUUUGAUUGAUUUGAGAGAAUAUGUGACUGUUGCAGAGAAAACCACUGCAACAGAGGAGAAAGAAAGGAUUAGACCAUCAUCUGCCAAAUGUUCUCACGUGAAAAAUGACAAUAUAUCACCAGUGGUUUAUAAUUUAGCCACAAAUCAGAAGAUUUUUGGUGAAGAAACUAGUACAAUAAAAAGCUCUGAACAUGGAACAUGUUACAGAUUAGCUGACGAUAGUUUUUCAAACACUGUUCACAAGGUUGGAAAGAAAAAUUGGUGUGCACCAGAAACACUGGAUGCCAUAAUGCCAUGGAAGUCUGAGUGCUACACCAAGGAGGAACUUGGAAUUGAUCCCUCUAAAUGUUUGGUGUUUCUUCCAUCCCUGAGUGUGGACAGUUAUAAGGAUUUACCUGUUGUCCCCGCCCCUAUGUCAGCGGAUGAAGAUCUGCCUUACAAGGAAAAAGUUAAACCACCCAUUGUUCACAAAAAAUACAGUCAUCCAGCAUGGAAAAAGAAACAUAUUGUCGAUGAAUGGACUUGCAGUCAUACCAAACCAGAAACAACAUCGUAUGGUUAUGACUUUGGAAUAUUUGAAACUAGAACAGCAGCAGUUAUACGGAAGGAAAUUGAAGAUCUGGAAAAUUUAAUGAAAGGUAUUGGGACCUUUGAUAGUGAUUGUAUGAUGGUCAGGUAUCAGGCAGAGAUUGAAAAGUUCUGGCAGACCUAUAGAGACACCAUGGCUCUGGUCCCGGAGAGGCUUCUCAAUUCUCCUGUGUCAGUAGAUACAUUUGGGCUCCGCCAAUUCUACCAAGAGCACGAUGAAAUUAUGUUGGAGAUACGUCACAGACAUUCUCUCUGUAUCAAGGAAUUAGCACAGCUAGAGGCAGAAGCAUCCAUCUCAAGUGACCGGAAGUAUUUCAAGCAUGUUGUUCAUAAUACCUUUCAGUAUGUUUUAAUAGGUGUGCUUUUUCAAACCGAUGAAUGGACAAACUUGAGCCAUCAUACAGGCAGUUAUGACUUUCCUGGCUCCUGUGAUCUCGAGUACAUGCGUUAUGACUUCAAUGGCUCAGAUUCUGUCAUUGCGGGACAAACGGUUUACAACAUAUCAGCAGAUGGUAUUCUUGGACUGAUAGCCUUUACCUCAUGUUCCCUGUCGCCAGUAGUGAUGAAAGUAGCAAACGUUCUAAACACUCUAUUGAUAAAUGUUGUUAGAGGUCACUGCCCAAAGAUCAGUGAUGGUGUCCUAAUAUCUACAGUACCAAAUUGUCCAAUUCAAAAUUCGUUAUUUGUCGAUAUAGCACUGUACAUGAGGUGGCGCCGAGUGAACAUCAUUUACGACUCUACUGGUGGAGUUUGCAUUCAAGACCUCCUCAAUCGCCUUAGCGUCCACAGUAUUUCAAGUAAUGCCGUUUUCUUGCGUGAUGGAAGUAAGAUAAGUCCAUCUCUUGCUGUUAUUGGUCAGGAUUGGUUAAAGGAGGUUAUAUACGUAACCACAGACAAACAUACGGCAUUAGAGAUCGUCUCAGAGGCGAUGGCUCUGGGGAUGUUUAAUAACAGCUAUUUCUGGGUAUUGAACCUGGACCCUCAUGCUCUGUGGGACAGCGGACUUUAUAAACCAGUACAUAAUGGUUAUGUCCUAGUGGUGACCUCUCGUCCUGAACACAAUGGAACGGAUGACCACUUUCUUGGAAAUUCCGAACUCCGUGUCUACAGUACAGUUAAGAGCUCAAGGAUGCCAUUGCAGGAAGUUGGUGUAUAUACUCCAGACAGUGGUUUGAACGUCUCUGACAACAAUCUGUACAGAAACAUAUUUAAAGGCUUCGACAACAGGACGCUAACGGUCGUCUCUGUAGUGGGUGAACCAUUUCAAAUGAGAGUUGAUGAGGGCAAUGGAAGUUUUCAUUUCUACGGAUUCACCUACGACCUUCUGAAUGAGUUCUCAAAAGAAUUCAAUUUUCGGUAUAAAACAGGAAUGAUUGGAAUGGUCAUGAGGGGAGAGGCUGACAUAGCGGUAGGUGGAAUCACAAUAACUGUUGAGAGAAAAGCCGUCGUAGACUUCCUAUAUCCUUACCAAGAGGAGGGAAUCGGAAUAAUAAUGAGGAAAGUUGACGAUAAAGCUGGAAAAAUGUUCCGAGUGUAUAGUCCUCUCGGAAGUGAUUCUUGGCUUGCUUCAGGGGUGGCAGUCUUUGUUGCUGGGAUUGUACUUUCUCUCAUUGCAAAGCUUAGUCCUUUUGAUAGCGGGAUAAAGGAGAGUGUUCUGAGAAGCUUCUGGUUAGCAUUCUCCACGUUCCUUCAUCAAGGUGAAGACCAAACGCCAACAUCUGCCUCCGGUAGAAUAGUUCUUGGAAUCUGGUGGAUAUUUACAAUAAUAGUAAUGUCUCUGUACACGGCUAACCUUGCCGCUUUCCUCACGGUAUCCCUGGCCAAGGCACCAGUGAAAAACCUGGAGGAACUCUCAUCACAGACAGUGUACAAGCCGUUAGUCAAAGAUGGAACAAAUCUUUAUGCUUUAUUCCAGAAUGCCAAGGGAGGACUGUAUAAGAAGAUAUGGGAAAUGAUGGCUGGUAUGCCGAAAAUAACGGAAUCAGUGGAGGCGUACGAAAUGAUACUGGAAGGAAAAUAUGCUUAUCUGACAGACGAGUCCGAAGUCAAGUAUAAAGCCAUGUUAGAUUGCAAACAUCUGGAAGUGGCUGAAGAGACAUUCCAUAAAGCAGAGUUAUCGUUCGUUAUCAGGAAGGAUGCAGAAUUCAAGGACGCCUUCAAUUAUCACAUGCUUAAAAUGGUUGAAGGAGGAAUAGUGGAUAAAUACAAGUCCAAGUGGUGGCCAAAGUAUACUUGUGAUACUUCCACUUCUGCCACAGAACUGACGUUUGAAAGUACAAGUGGAAUAUUUAUAGUGUAUAGUGGAUUUAUAUUGAUGUCAGUCAUUUGUUGUCUCGUAGAACUUCUGUUGAUUCAAGGCAGGAAAUAUACGCGGAACAAAGUACAGUCACCGAAAGUUGUCAAGGAAAUACCACUUGUUGUGGAUGGAUUAGAACAGAUAGAUUUAGAAACUGGGUUUAAGAAGAUGAACAACACAGAGUAUAAGUCUUACAUCAUUCAAGGAAAUGACAUUUUUGAAUUUACUCAAAAAGGCAAUAUCUUUACAUAUGUUCAACACAAGAUAUCAAUGGAUUCUGAAUUUGGACCCAGAAUUGCUGCAAAACAAUACGAUAUUCAGGUCAUUGCAUCGAGGACAAGAGAUGUAACAUCAAUUGGAGAAUAUCAUCAAUUGAUAUCGAAUAUUAAGAUGGCGAUACAUGUACAUAGUUCAAGCAAGGCAAAGUUGAAGUUCGAGGAAGUUGCUAAGUUUACGGUUGGAAAUGGUCUGAUUACUCGUUAUGGUGGACUAUAUUCAAACAACUUCAGGGACUUUGAAAAUAGAGUGCUAAAAGUUGCAUCUGUCAGGAGUGUUCCACAUGUGAUGAAAGGUAUGAAUAACAACGGAAGUUCCUAUUAUUAUGGCUUUUGUUACGACAUACUGAGAGACUUUGCAGAAACUUUCAAUUUCAGAUACCAGUCAGUCGAUGCCAUUGACGGUUUAUAUGGAAAUCCCACAGAUGAUGGGUUAAACGCAACUGGCAUGGUGGGCAUGGUUAUGAGAGGGGAAGUUGAUAUUGGAGUAGCCCCAUUUGCCUUAACCGCUAAGCGUGAUCGAGUUAUAGACUAUGUGAUACCUUUUCAAGAGGAUGGCGUUGGAAUAUUAAUGAAGAAAGUGGAAAACAAAGCAGACAAAUUUUUCAGGAUAUUUCUCCCUCUUGACUACACGUCAUGGUUGGGCAUUAUUGUAGCCACGGUGAUGACGUCAUACAUACUGUAUUUCAUUGCUAAGUUCAGUCCACAAUCAAGUCCACGUGAUUUACCACUGAGCAGCAAUUUUUGGCUCAUUGUUGGAACAGUUUAUGGACAAGAUGAUGGAACACGUCCAACUUUUGAAUCCGGACGGAUCAUUCUUGGAUUUUGGUGGGUGUUUACUAUACUCAUAACGGCGUCGUACACGGCUAAUUUGGCGGCAUUUUUGACAAUAUCUUUGGCAAAACCACCAGUAAAGAACCUUGAGGAGCUGGCUUCACAAACAAUUUAUAAACCACUUUUAGUUCAGGAGACGAAUCACCAUGCAAUGUUCAAGGAAGCUACUCACGGCUUGUACAAGAGAAUAUGGAACAUGAUGUCGGACAUGCCGAAAAUUAAAACAGUAGAGGAAGGAUACGAGUUGGUGAAAACCGGACAGUACGCUCUGCUCUGGGAUUACUCUCAGUUCCAGUACCUGAUCAAUAACGACUGUGGUUCCCUCGAGAUAGCCCAGGAAUACUUCAACAAACUUAGUCUAUCUUUUAUCAUUCCAGAAAACGCGCCCUUCAAAAAGGCUUUUGAUGAUCAGUAA